CGAUGCGCAAUGCAAAUUACGCGUUAACGCUGGCAACGCAAUCAGAUGCAAAAGAGCAUCUUAUUAAACAUAAACCGCCCAGACAUUGUGUGAUCUGGUACCCACGCUUACGGGACACGGGAGUGGCUUUAUUUGAGCGUGAGAAAACAAAACACUCAAGAAACUGCGGAAGAUAUAGCGCAAGGAAAACUUUUGCGCCAUGGCGUUCGCUGCGUACUGGAUGAAUCUCAAAGGUGACACACUAAAACAUGUCCCUGAAACAUCAAGAUUUGAGUCUCAGAAAGCCACACCCACGUCAGCAUCACAGGUCUCGGCAGCGAAACCUGCACAAUAUGAGAAAGGAUCCACACAUUCAGCUGUCAAACCCGGCACCACCCCUCCAUCAGGAGCUGCUGGAGGGGCUGCUGGUACCCACACCUCUCAAAAAGGAUCUCCUCAAGUCACACAACAGGCCUCUAAACCUGCACCUCCCGCCUCUGCUAAAGUCCCAUCUGUGAGCUCUGGAACUGGACCCGCGGGCACGACCUUUGGAGCUGGUGCAAAGCCCACGGACCCUGCAAAAGACAAGGCACAGAGUACAACUAUUCAUUCAUCCAAACCGGGACCUGUUAAAGUGGAUGCAUCUGUCGGGAAACCCGUAGCCUCGGCCGGUUUACCUGGAAGUGGCCUAAAGGAGAAGAGUGGCCAAAAGGUGCAAGUAGAAGUAGGUCCAUCAGCACCGAAAGUCAGUGCAGAGAUCGAUCCCUUUGAUGCGUUGAGUGACACGUUACCAUCAACACAACCUGAGGCUCCUAAACCCCCAAAGUACACUGGACCAGAAGUCAAAGAGACCAAUAUCAAUCCGGAGAAGGGUGUUUUCUGUGGUGAGAGAGAAAGUACACUGCCACCUGGAUACAGACGGGAAGACUGGGAAAAGAAGACACCGGCCGGGGUUCCAGAGAAACCUAAAGAAGUUCCCAAGCCUAUAAGCACAGACGAGGCACUGGAAGCUCUCUCCACUGGUUUUGUGUCCUCCGCUCCAAGCGCUCCGAAGAAAACAGAGCUGGUAACGGAAACUGUAGGUGCCAAAUCUGCAGGCUUCUCAAACUUUGCCCCGCCUCCACCUUCUCAGCAGAAACAACAGACCACAACCUUACCUUCUAAUAUGAACAAAUCACCUGCUCCACCAGCUGACAAGAAAGCCAAAAUAGAGAAGCCUGGUGAAAACUUGACAGCAAGCAAGAGUUCAACUACUGCACAGCAUGCUAAACCAAAGACAGAUGUGCCAGAUAGCUCCAUCCCGACAGAUGCUCUCAGCGAAUUGGGCGACAUGCUGGGUGAACCAGAACCUCCCAAAAAACAACCCGAACUUAACCCAAAAGACAUAAUAGAUGAAAAUAAAAUAAAAUCAGAGAAGGGCAUACGUGUUGGGGAGAGAGAGGACAGCCUUCCACCAGCUUACAGAUUCUCAGAGGAAGACCUUAAAAAACAUCCUCCUCCUCCAAAAGAGCCUUCAAUUGGCACAGAUGACGCACUGGACAUUCUUUCUGGAGAUUUCACGACCCCUGCAGCAGCACCUGUUGUUAAGGCCGGUGUUCCUCCUAAGGCACCUGCACAGCAUUCAAUUGGCACAGAUUUUACGACCCAUUCAGCUGCACCUGUUGCUAAGGCCUGUGUUCCUCCAAAGGCACCUGCACAGGAAAAGAAAACAGCUGGGGCUCCAGGGAAAGCUAAAGAUGUCCCUAAGGUGGAUGAAUUAUCAGCUUUAGACGCACUGGCUGGUGAUUUUGUAGCUCCACCACAGGCUGCUCAUAAGGUUUCUUCAUCUAUUCCUCCAGGCCCCAAGCAAAGCAAUCUGACAGAUGAGGAUCCCUUUAGCGCUUUGGGUGACACGCUGAGUGCACCAGAACCACCAAAAAAACAACCUGAACUCAAACCUGGAGAUUUUGUUAAGGAAAAGGAAUUGACAUCAGAGAAAGGCGUGCGUGUUGGGGAGAGAGAGGACACGCUUCCGCCCGGUUACAGGUUCUCAGAAGAAGAACUCAAAAAAUAUCCUGCUCCUCCAAGAGAGCCUUCCUUAGGCACUGAUGAUGCUUUGGAUCUUCUGUCUGGUGACUUUGAGAGCACCCCUGCACCAACUGUUGCCGCACCACCUGUUGCCAAGCUCCCUGUUUGUACUGCCGUCAAGCCACCUCCUAAACCUUUAAAUGAUUUCGAUCUAGAGGUUCUUGCAGAUGAUUUUGUGGCUCCUACUUCUGCAUCUAAAGUUCAGUCCGCUGUCCCCGUCCCACCACACCCUGAAAGACAGAUGUCAGACACUUCAUCAGCUUUAGAUGCUCUAUCAGACACACUGGAAGAAAUAAAACCAAGGCCUGAGCCCACCCCUAUCUCACAAAAAGCCAUUGUUAAGGAAAUAGACAUUGUGGAGGAGAGAGUGAGUAAGCCUGGAGAGACAGAUGACAGCCUGCCACCAGACCAUCGCUUUUCAGAAGCCGACAAGAAGGCGUUUGAAGAAGCAAAGAAAAAAUGUCCUGAACCUAAGCAGGCAUCAAUCGAUGACGCAGCGGCCCUUGACCUGCUCGACAGCGAUUUCUCAUCAGCGCCCACCGUGAAAGCAUCUGCACCUGAGGCUCACACCUUCACUCCUGAACGCACACCUCCAACCUACACGGCACAAGGUGCAGCUUUAGACGAACUGGCAGACAAACUGAUUCCAAAUCUGGAGAAACCCAAAGAGAGCAAAGCAAAGGGAAAGGGGGGGAAGUCAAAGUCUAAACAGAAGAAACAGUCUGGAGGUGAUUCCUCAGCCGUAGAGAAUCUGUCCAGUAAGCCGAGCUCCAAAGACGUAGUGCCUUCAGCGAAAGAUGGAAAGAGAUAGAUCAGUUUACAAUGACUCGCAUACUCAUCAUACCUACCAGGAAAAGGUUAUGAAAGGGAGCUGCUUGGACAAGAAAUAUAUUUUUACGGUGGAUGUGGAAUAAAACAGAAUAUAUAUAUAUAUAACUGCACAGAGACACUUACUCAUGUAUUUUAAGAGUUUCCUGAAGAAAAAGCCAAAAUAAAUAAAUAAAUAUAAUGAUCUAUAAUUGCCUUGUGACUGAUAAAAGAUUUCUACACAGAAAGGAUGGUACAGGUGGGUUUUGUCAAACAGUGUAUGUAUUGUUCAUUCAUUCACCAUAGCAGUUUGCUUUUUAUAUAAAAUAUCCCAUAUGCAUUUUCCCCCACUUCUUUUUCUCACGGGGUAUUGCUGCAGUUUUCCUGUUCAUAGAGAUGAACGUUGUCUAUUGCUCUUUGAAAAUCUAUAGAGACUUUGUACAGUCAUUGUAGGUUAUGAAUUCAUUCACAGUUUACAGUGCAGGAGUGACAGUUUUGAUAUCUGUUGAAUGCUGUUGUAUAUCUGUUUUAUGACACUAAUUCAAAAAAGCUUUGUGUGAGAGUUGUUUUUCUGUUGGUUGUUUCAGAACGGUUUUCUGAAAUGCACUUAUAUUGUUCAUUUUGACAAAAAAAAAAGAUUUGCAGAUUGACUACUUGUGCAAUGUUUUGUUCAUUUGAUUUAAAUAGAUAAUUAAGAAUAAUUCUGUCUAAAGCACAAAGGUUUAACAAAUCGAAACCACUAGUAAGUUAACAGGUGUUGCAUUAGAUGUGGUGGGCUAAGUCUGAAUCUUUCGCUUUCGUUUUCACUCAGAUGUGUUGGUUAAAGGGCCACCACAACAUUAUACUUUUGUUGAACAGCAGGAAGGACACGUUUAUUGUUUGACGAUUUAAACGUUCAAAAAACUGACUGUAAAAACGGAAAUACGACUCUUAAACUUAACAUUUAUGGUUACAUAUUUCCUUCUUGCAGAUCAAGGUAAUUCAUUAAGUCUUCCAAAACGAAUGUGUACUAUGGUAUUUUUAAGAAGGGAUUUUUAUUUCAAAAGAAAUCAAUGUUUGUUUUGAAAGGUUAUGUGCAAAUAAAAGCGUAGUAAUGUU